AUGAAUUUGUGCGCCGUGUGGGUGAGAUAUUGUCUGUUUUGGCGGGUGAUCAGGCGCGAAGCCAACAUCUCCAUGCCAGGUGUCGUUAACUCCUUGACAAAUUAUGUUAGAUGCUGCCUGUGUAACGAGGAUGUUAUAUGCAGAAGUAAGAAAGAGCGUGUGUACAGAGGAUAUGUUGGUAAAGAUGUUGGAAAAGUUGGAAAUAGCAAAUUAAAAACGGAUAUCAAGGUACUUCCAGUUGGUAAGGGGAUAGCGGCGGGAUUUUGGGCUAUCGAUGACACCUCUAAAUGGAAUGUGUAUCAGCACGGCAUCGUGAUCUUGAAGUCACAAGUGAAGCCAAAGGCAUAUAUAUUGAUUAUCGGCACAAAAACUAUGACGAUGAUUACGGAAAAGUACGGAAACACUGCUGACAUUAUCACAUGA